GACAGGCUUGGCAGAUGUGUUUUGAAAACACAGGACAGGAAAUGACUGCAGACUGCUCAGACACUCAGCUUUUACACUUUUCACUCUCUUUCUUUCUCCUCGCUUAAUUUCCGACGGUGUGUGCGAAACCGCUGAUGCCAUGGAUAACUUCCAGACUGUCCUGCGUUUCUUCAUGAACCAGAAAGCCACCAUUGGCUACAGUUUCAUGGCUCUCCUGACAAUAGGUGGGGAACGAGUCUUUUCCAUGGUGUCCUUUCAGUGCCCGUGCAACCGUGACCAAAACUUUGCAUACGGGCUGACUUUCCUACUGGGCCCGGCUGCAGUACUGCUGGUUUUAGGACUCUUCUUCAGCACCAGGCUGUGGAGGCUCUACACCGGCUGCUGCCUCGACCCCAUGAAGCUGUGCCCCCGGGGGAAUUGCUUCGGCUGCCUCAGAGUGUUCCUUAGCAUCUUCACUGGAGCCUGUGUUGCCCCUAUCAUGUGGCUCUCUGUGGCCCUGCUCAAUGGGACCUUUUAUGAGUGUGCAGUCAGUGGUCUGGAUGAUAACCUGGUAGUGAAUCUGCUCUGUCAAAACCAAACCUUGAUAUGUCGGCAGGAGCUUGCCCGGGUGCCCUGUGACCGCUCCAAACUGUCCAGUGAUGAGCGCAUGGAGCUGCUGCUGAAAUUCAGGGCUCAGUCACAGAUCCUGGGCUGGUGUAUUAUUAUCAUCUCUGCCGUUGGAGGCCUCUUGGGCACCUGCUACACAAACUGUCGCUCCAAAGUCAGCUUCCUACAGCUGACAUUUUGGAAACGCUACAUGGAGAAAGAGAAGGAGCGUUUUGACACCUUUGCUGUGGAAUACGCCUCCAAACUGGCCGACAGAAACCUGCAGAGCUUCUUUGAGAACAAGGACCCUGAUCUGUUUCCCUUUCCUAACCACAAGGCAUGGGAGGAGAUCUCUGCAUACUACACCUUUUCCAGGAGUGAGCAGUAUUACAGCACCCUGCAGCGCUACGUGGAGAGGACAGACAAGGACUUCACACCAGAGAAGAGACCUGUACUGGACUUGGAGCACGGAAUGGAGAUGCACUGAGAAAGGCUACACUGUGGUGAGACUGUGAGAUUCGGUACUCAGCACUGUUGGUAUUUAACUCUUAGUCUAUUGUUCGUGCAGGUCUAACUCAGGACUAGCUGUUGCAGGCUGCCUGCUCACUGACAAAGCUGCCUUUCUGUCUGUUUUACUCUAAAGAAUGUGACCGUUGCCAAGCAGCAAUGGUACAACCUACUCUAAGCACAUGAGAUCAUAAAGGGCGUAACCACUAAUUCCCUCUGCCUCUGAAACACUGCAUGCAUUUGAGGCCUUCUAGUACUGACAUUACUUUUGAAAUUUUUUGUCUCACUUUGGGUUUGCAAAGUAAGUUAUUAACAUAUUUUAUAUUAUAAUAUAGGUAUACUAUGCAGGAAUUGUUGGUCAGCCUUCUGUUUGUCAACAGACUUACCAACAAAAGUGCAAACCAACCCCAGAUUCACUUUUGUUUAGGAGUGACUUUUGUCGCCAUUUUACUGCACUAUAUUUGCUUUUUUCAGCGCUGUGUCCAUGAUUAUCAUAGCUCCCCCUAAGAAUGCAUGCUGCUUAUGGUUUGGUACCUGGUCAUUACCAUUUUUAUGAAGUCCAUACCAGCCCAGCUUAAGUGCCCAGGAAUAUCUAAAGCAAAAUGAAAAGAAAAGAAUCAAAUCCAGGCAGAAGGCAGAAUCUCUGCAGAUAAAUACAACAACACACACUCAGCACAUUUACAUGAUGUUAGAAAAAGUGGAAUUAUUGUGUUAGUCCGACUAAGACUGGACUUCUACAAAGACAUGUCAACAUGUUAGUCCGACUGAAAUGGUAUUAAAUCAAAUUUCUCAGAGUCGGACUAAAACACCUAGAUUAUGCGGUUGGGGGUCGAUUUACUCUUUCAUGAAUAUGCCUCAACUGGAUCGGGCCAUUCUGACGUGCUCCAUAGUCCCCACGCUUUGACCCAGAUAUUGAACAGCACAAAUUCAUAGAAGAAAGCCAGGUAAAACAAAAGAAAUACAGGGAAAGAAAACAAAGCAAGACACAGUUAUGAAUAUGGUGAAUUUGAGAGGAAUAACCACAUUUACAGCCUGCUAACUUGUUUGGUGUGUGACGUAAUAGGUCAACCGAUAACCGAGCUAUAACCAUUGCUCCACCGAACUGUGCAUGCAGAGUGAGUGGCUCAGAAGUGCUGAUUGAGAGGGAUUACAUUUAUAUGAGCCUUUUGAUUUUUUUUUUAGGCAAAUCCUGCAUGGUUUACCUUUAACUAACUUACAGUAAGUCUAUGCAUUCAGGGCCAUCAUGACUGAAAACACUGAGGUCAUGAUCCUUGCCAUUAUUUCUAAGAAUUUGGGGAGUUCAGCAAUAAGGACAGUGGUAGUUCCUUUACUACUGUUGUUUUAUAAAAGCCCCUUACAUCAGCUCUGACACUGAAGACCUUUGCACACCAAGUCUGUAUUUUUUGUCUGAAAUUGUUGCACAGUUAAAAAUAAACCUCAUGUUGUGUCAAUCACAUUCACACACUGACAAUGAAACACUCACUCAUGUUUUUGGAACAGAUAAUAUAUUCUGUGUUUUUUUCAUAUUUGUCAAAACUCUGGAGGGUUGUUUGACCAGUAAAGAAAAUAUGGCGGUGCGGCAGAACAACACAGAGAAACAGGUUGCACACUAUCUUUUCAUAACCCAUAAGAAACCUAUUUUCAACUGGUCAGAUAGUAACAGUCAGGUGGAGGACGAUGUGUUAGAGGAUGAGAACCACACACAGACGGAGAGAGAGUAACACUGUAAAAACUGAGGCAGGAAAGCUCCACCUCUUUAGGUAGCUGUGGUGAAAGGGAGCAAAUGUGUCUUUACAUUUUGUCUUGUAUUGGGAAUUUUUUGCAAAAUAUAGAACAACAACAACAAAAAACUGACUCAGUGUUCAGUGUCAGUGUUUUUGUUUUUGUUUUAAGCAACAUACACCAAGCAACCUGCCUCUCCCAGCUGUAACAAUGUAUGAUGAUGAUGUAUUGUUCGUGGAGUGACAGAGGGAGAGACAGAAGCUGUACGGCUCACAUCUAGAGACAUGUCUUCUCACACAUUCACUUAGACAUGAUGGUGAUGGUCGGGAAGUGUUUUUCAGAUCCUGGUUAUGGCCCUGGUCGCAUUUUAAUGAGUAAUAAAUCAAAAAACUGACAAAGUGUACGAAAUGCAAAAACAAAAAACAGUGCAAAAAAACAGUGCAUCAAGUUGCUCUUGUUUUGUGUGUGUGUGUGUGUGUGUGUGCGCGCGUGUAACACGUCAACUAAGGCAGUACUUUAGUAAAAGCUAACAUCUGUAAACAUGCCUGUGUAUAAUAUGGUAAAGUUUGACAAUGAGUGAAGUGUUACUUCCACUGACCUGUGUGUGUCAGGGCUGUCUGGGCUGUGGAAUUAUCCUGAUGCAGUCUUUCAGCAUUCCAUUGUGUCUGAUCCACAGGCACAGACAUGAGCAUGAUGCCCAGCCGUGUAAUUACACUGUCACUGUGCAAUUUUCAUGAAAAGCUUUUAUUUGUAUCCUUGUAUGUCAUUAAAAUUAUAUUCGUUGUA